AUGGCGAUCGCUUCAGACCACUCCGUGACGACUGUUAUUUGCACUUGGACCUUCAUGAUAAUUUUCUGUUUUGCGGGCAGUGCAUCAGGUUCCUGCUUAAGCUAUGGACAUUCGUGUUGGGGAGCUCAUGGAAAACGCAGCGGAGGACAUAACAAUGCAUAUUCAGUACCAUCGAAAACAAUAAACGACUUGCAGCAAGAUACACCAUCGCUUACCAAGGAACAACUGAUGCUCUCUCGACUGAUUGGCCGCCCUUUGGUAUCUAACAAACACAGAGACAGGUGGGACAGACUUUUCAAAGUAAAGACGAAUUUUCCCGAGAAUUGGAACGAUGGUGAGCGAACCGCACAUUUUAUUAGCGACGAGUCUAUUCGAGACAGAAUGAAUACCGAGGAAAUGGACGAGGGAAAAAGUAAACAUACGAAUGGCGUACAGGAUGUAACGGGAAGUGUGAACGAUGAAAGGAACGAAAUUCCGGAAAUACUAUUGAUACCAACAAACGAGAACAAUGAACACGGCAGUAAACCACAGAACAUAGAGUUUUUCAAAUUCUUGAGUGACGCAAAUGAUAAUUUCGAAUAAGAGAACGG